AGAAAUACAUAACCUCAAAGUUUGUUUACAUACAAAAUAAACAACAAAAUUAAAACAUUCAAUUAUUAUUUAUUUAAAACAAGAUGAGAAGACGUGCCGGUCUCGGAGCGAUCCAGAAACAAAAACUGGAACAGGAAAAGUACAAGGACAAAAGCAACGAAAUCCAGGAAAAUCAAUUCGAGCAAAUGAGCAAACAACUUGAAUUUUUCAAGACGAAUCUGGAAGAAUUCGCCAGUAAACACAAGAACGAAAUCAAAAAGAAUCCAGAAUUUAGAAGACAAUUUCAGGAAAUGUGUGCCAGUAUUGGUGUAGACCCUCUAUCUUCAGGCAAAGGUUUCUGGUCGGUUUUAGGCAUUGGAGAUUUCUACUACGAGCUGGCAGUGCAAAUUGUUGAAGUUUGUUUAGCAACCAACGAUAAAAACGGCGGCCUGAUAAGUUUAGAAGAACUCAGAACAAGGCUCAUUAAUGCCAGAGGACAACGCAAAGAGCAUCAAGAAAUCUCCAAAGACGAUUUACUAAGGGCUGCUCAGAAACUGAAAAUAUUUGGCAGUGGUUUCAAUGUUAUACCAUAUGGUAAAGGCAAGUUUAUGGUGCAAUCUGUACCAGGCGAACUCAGCAUGGAUCACUCAGCAAUUUUAACUCAGGCUUCUGCUUCAAAUAGAGCUUAUGUUUCAGUGAAUUUUCUCAGAAAGGAAUUGAGUUGGGAAACUGAACGAAGCCAGAAUGCUUUGGAGAAUUUGGUGAAUCAAGGCCUUGCAUGGGUGGACUUACAAGAACCUACACAUGAAAAGUUGUAUUAUUUUCCUAGUCUGUUUAAUGAAUGUAUUAGUGCAUAAAUAAAAAAAUUCCUUUGUUUUAUUUGCAAUUAUUAAUAUUUUAAACCCAUUGAGUUAAUAUAAUAUAAUACAAAUUGCUUUGGGUGUGGUUUACACAGCCAUGGACAAUUCUUGUCAGCUAAUUCCAGGCCCCAAAGUCAAAUGGCUAAUUUUAUUAACAUCCUUAGAAAUUAAUUCUAAAAAGGUCUUGUAUUGGCGCACUUUGUCUUCAGAUUUCCUGAAAUCCUCCUUUAGGGAUUUGUUUUCCUUUUUGAAUUGUUGCACUUCUUGUUUGAGGUGUGUUACCAGUUUUUCCAAAUUGUCUGUGAUUAUUUUGGUUUCUUUGCGCCACUUUUGGUGUAAAUCUUGUUUCAUUUCUAUUUGAGUUUGUAGCUGUUUUAUGGUGUUUUUGUAUUCAGUUAUUGUUGCUUUAUA